AUGAUACCUUGCUCUGAUGCUGUUCGUCAUAUGAUCGGAAUCGAAGGACAUCUCCUCGGAAACAUUGUCACCACGAAUGCUCCAAUAAAGCCAAUCGACAGUUGGUCAAGCGAAAUCCGCCGUCGUCUUCUGGUGGAAUCCAACUUCGAAUCUCUUCCUCAAUCAGUUUUACUCGAAAUGGAAGUAAUCUCAUCAAUUAUGAAGCAAGAGACUGAUUGA